UCCAUGCAAGCUGCAAAAAGCUUUGCUCAGUCGAGCAACAGCAUCAUUCGGAUUCUUCGGGGGUGAUUGGUUGUGUCCUGGUUCCCUGCAACUUUAAGCUCUGGUUUCGUUCGGUUUUGUACGAAGCUUGGCUACACAAAUUAGAUUGCUGGUCACGAAUUGAUUGCUUGGAUUGAUUUGCGAGGUAGAUGGUGAUGGCGCUCGCAACUACAGCAGCUGUUACGCUCCCCUCGUCUUCGUUUGUCCCACUUGCAUCUGGUGUCGGAUUAAGUCCUCAAGCUUUGUUUUUGCCCUCUCUUUCAUCAACGCUUUCGGGUAAGAGAAUUGGGUUGCGGAGCCGGAAGAGCUCCGGCGUAGUGGCCUCACAUCCCAGCUAUGGCAUACCGAGCUACGGCGCGCCUUUCCCUUACCAGACGCCUGGUGCUGUGAAGAAUCCCUCCGGAGGGUCGCGGCCGGCGGAGACGAUUCCCAAUCCCAGUUUCGGUGACAAGAGCAGGCCCGAUUUCCAGUGGAAUUAUCGUUCGCCUGCGGACUACUCAGCGCCCGUGAACUUUCAAACGCCCAGAGCUUACGGUGCCCCACAUGCAUACGGGCCAAGUAAGGCCGAGCUGGGAGAUUCAGGAGCCACGUUUGAGGAUAUUAAGAAAGCCGAGAAAGACGCAGUGGGAGGAGGGGAUGGAGGAGAUGGCGAUGGUGGCAGCGGUGGCAGUGGAGGCCGUGGGGAUGGCGAUGACGGAGCUGACGGAGAGGGCGCCAAGAAGAAGCUGGCUGGAUUAUCUUUGUCGCAGAAGUUGACGUUAGCGUAUGCGAUUCUAGUGGGAGUUGGAGGAAUUAUGGGAUAUGCCAAAUCUGGCAGCAAUAACUCACUGAUGGCUGGUGGAGGAUCAGCCCUUAUCCUAUAUUACGUCUUCAUGAAUCUGCCGACGAAACCUAUCAUGUCUUCAGUCAUCGGUCUCGGAAUAUCAGGCCUCCUGUUGUUCGUCAUGGGCUCUCGGUAUCAGGAGUCUGGAAAGGUUUUCCCUGCAGGAGUCGUCUCCUUGUACUCGUUGGUGAUGGCAGGCGGAUACAUCCAUGGAAUCAUGCGAGGGCAUUGACAGCUUAGAAUGAGAGGCGAUGCAAAGCGUCGUGCUUGCCUUCUUUCUACUUGUUAAUCAGAGCUCUUGUACAAUAGACCCCUCAGGACCAGUUUACUGGCUGGUUCCUAACGGAAUUUGCGUACAUUUGACAGCAGAUGUCCACUUUUACUGUACUUUUGUUUAAUGUGCGUAAAGCGCAGUACUUGUACACUUGAUUUUUUUAAAAUGGGCAAUCAAUUUUAGUUCUGUGUAACAACCUA